AAUCCGAAAGAAUGACAUUUUUUUUGAUGACCGUGAUGUCCCCAGCUUUCGUGCCCCUCGAUUAAAAAUGACAUAUUUCCCAAACACACAACAUAAUCAGUUAUCAGUUUACGAAAUGUCAGCUUCUAUAAGGCGUAGACAUAGACAAAUACUUCCCCAUUUUUUCUAUGAUUAGAAAACUAAAUUCUAUCAGAAGUGCAUUGUUGAAAGAUUUUGGAAUAUUAACAAAACACAAAUUAGACAAUAACCCCAAGUCCUCAAUGAACAAAUGUUACAGUCAGAGAAUGACCACAACCAAUUCAUGUAACCACCUAAUUCAGAAACAAUUCAUGUAAUUUCUUACUUUUUCCCUCAUUUUCUGAUACCCCAUUAGCAUUUCGAACCUCCUUCUUCCCAUUAUCCUUUUCCUUAUUCCUCUUCUACAGCAAAACCAUCAUUUGUCCCUCCAAUUUUCUCAAUUUACACUACAAUUCUUCGUUUUCAGUUUCAUCCUCACUUUCUGAUUGUUUAGAAUUUUCAAAGAGGCCAACAGUCUUGGGAAAACACCCAAUGGUUUCUUUGCUUUUUUUUCUUGGCUACACUAUCUGAACUAGUUGAUUCUUUCUGAAACUGAACUGAAAACAAAAAGGGUCUCCAAAAAGAUGAUGAAAAAUGAUAUGGGAUUAAAGAUUUCAAGCAUGCUAAUGUUAUUAAGUUUGGGGGACGUUGAAGAAUUGUUAGAAAAUGCCAAGAAUUGAAUUUUCUCAGCUAGAUCAUUGGUGCGUUUUUGGUCAUUUGGUAACUGAACCAUAGAUGAGCAUAUAGAGGGAAUACGAAGUUCUUCCAAUAGAAGGGUUUUAGGGGUUUUGCAAGCAAUAAGUCUACGGCUUACAGCUGUGGGCUCUAAUUUGUAUUGGUUUGGGCCAAAACAGAACUACAUGGAGUUCCUUAUGGGCUAAAUUCCCAAUUUUUUCUACUGAUUGUCCUUCAAACGGACUAGUGUUUAAUUUUUGUCUCUUUUCUAUUUCAGGUGUUAAAUUUUUGCUCCUGCUGCUCAAUUAAUGGGAAUUUCUCGACCAAAGUCUAGACCUAAUUCGGUUGAAGGAGGAUUUGUGGACCAAAAUGGACUGAGAGGAUUUGUUGAAGGCGGAGUUGGUAUUGGUACCAAAACAUCUCCAGCACUUGAGAAAAUUCGAGCAGAGAUAAGACAUGUGUGUGCUGGGCGAGCAGAAAACAUAAGGAUAUUAGAAUAUCUGGAGAAAGGUGGAGAUCCUCUUGCAUUCAGACAUGUGAAUAUUGUUUCACCUACUGUGCAAUCCACCUCACUGAAAUGUAUGGAAAAGAAGCGGAAACGUGUGGCUGCUAAUGAUGAUGAAAAAUAAACUACAGGUAAAAAGAAAGAGACAAUGAAGAAGAAGAAACUAAAGAAUAAGUGUUCCCGCAAACACAUUGUUAGUAUUAAUGUAUUGGGUAUUGGAUGGAAUGUUUAAGUUGUACAAUGAUGUCAUUAGUUGGUGGCUAGUGUUUUGUAAUGCAAUUCAGGAUUCUGUUAGUUAUCAGAUACUUUCUUAAUCCUUUUAUUCAUAUUAUGGAUGUUUUGUUAUCCUAUGAAUUUUUUGCUAAUUAUAUUUUACAUGGUUUAAGACACAAGUGAUUCCAGCUUAUAGUGCACCACAUGUGCUUAACUGUUGCUCAUGUAUUGUUGGUAAAGGGUAUUACCGUAUUAGAUGGGUUGCUUUAGAAAAAAUCCUAAGGUUUGCCUGUCCCUACCUUGUGGAGGUAGAGAGGUUGUUUCCAAAAAGCCCUCAACUCAAGUGUAUCAAAUCAAAAUAGAAAAAACUUCAAAUAAAGAAGUAAAAAUAUUACCUUAAUAACAAGACUUUGAAAUUGACUGAUCAAGAAGAAUCCUUCAACAUCCAAUGAAGUUAUGACCCACAAUCUCCAGUUUGAAGUACAAAAGUUUAGCACUAAAUCGCCUAUUACCUCUAAGCUUCUAGGAAAUAACGGAUGCUCUGGGAAGAAAAGAUUGUAUCGGGUGUUUAAUUUCUUAAAAUGAAAACGGGUUGGGUUUUAAUAAAUGAGUGGGUUUUAAUUUAAUCUUGAAUUAAAAAUGUGGCAAGCUUAGAAUGAUGCGUGACUAUUAUAAAGACCCAAUUUUCCCAGGUUGGCCCGUU